AUGCGAACCUAUGAUCAUAGCCAUGGGGACAAAACCGCCUUUGGAGUUAGCCUAAGUGGAAGAAAUGACAAUGAUAAGGCGAAGUUAAUCUCAAAUACAACAUCAAGUUUAGAGAAUAAGUAUGAGAGUAGAAUUUUCUCUGAUGGACCAAUGGCGAUGAGUUUUGAAAAGUAUGUACAUAAUAUAUUCCGCCCUGGCAACAAUUUACCAAAACUCUUUGCUACUUCGGGUAAUUUGAUAAGUAAUCACAAUAUGUUGCGAGUUCAUGAUUUACUUGGUUCUGCUGCCUUGAAUGAAUCCUUUGAUGAAAACAUCAUGAGAAUACCGUUGGAGAACAUGUUCUGUGAGUAUGGCUUAAUGGGUGGUGAGGAUUACUCAUCAUCCUACACCUCCUAUUAUCCGACAAGCAGCCGCAACUCGACUUGCAACUCAACUCUAUUAUCAUCUUCCCAAAAUAAGGACACUUAUACAUCUUACCGGGAAAAAGCCGAUGACGACUGGAAACGGAACAACAAGCAGAUGAUUAUUGAUUAUAAAGGAUCCGAUAGUACCCCUUUGACUCCAUACAUGUACGCGGACCAUCCGUAUGUUCGUAGUCAUGACUCACGUAUUGUUGGUUCGAAUUUCGUCCAGAUAACAUCACGCCCAAAAGAUCGUUUUUUGGAGAAAAUUGAUCGAACACUUGCCGAAGUUCGGGCUAUGCCUCGAUUUUAA